CAUGCGUAUCAUCGUCGCCGCCACAGUGCCAGGCGCCUCCGACUCCAGCGAGCCCAGCCGCGCCGAAUCCCGCUAGCCGGACGUCGUCCAACGGCCCUUACCGCUGUGAUACCCUCGUCGUCUUCUGCCUCGCCGCCGGCACCGUCGAACCUCGCGGCCCCUUCCCCUCCGCCGCACCAGCCGGAGGCGAGCCGGAGUCCGACUCCCCGCGGCCGCACAACAACAACCAGGAUGGCAACCGCGGCAUCGUCCUGGUCCCAGAUCGGGGGCGGCGGCCCCAGCAGGGCGCCGCCGCCUCAGCAGCCCCACCCGCCGCCGUCGGGAUUCGUCAGCCGACCUGCCCGGGGCUGGCUGCACACGGACCAGCAGGUGCUCGGACCGGGAGUCACGUACGCCGUCAGGUACGUUGGCUGCCUUGACGUGAAGAUGUCGAUGAAGUCACUGGAUUUUGACACGAGGUCUCUGAUUGCAAAAGAGUGCAUCACCAGGGUCUGUGAAGCAGCAGGACUAAGACCUGUGGAUAAAAAAAGAAAGGUGGACCGGAGACUGCAACGUAUGCUGGCUGAUAGGCCAAACUUGGACUAUGCUGGCUCGAACGUAACCCUUUGUGUCACCAGCUCCAAUCUGACACUGGCUGUUAAAGAGAGUGGUCAGGUGAUCGCCGACCACAGCAUGCCCAACAUAUCAUUUGCUUCUGCUGGAGACACGGAAACUCUGGACUUUGUGGCAUACGUGGCCAAAGAUAAGGAGAAUGCACGAGCCUGCUUUGUCUUGGAAUGUUCGGGUGGUGUGUUGGCUCAGGAUGUCAUCUCAACUAUCGGGCAUGCCUUCGAACUUCGCUGAGAGUUUAUGCGCACAGCACCACCACCAGGGCUGCCACCAAAGAGGCCAGAGACUGUGGCACCGUCAAAGGAUGAUCCUGAUUACUACAAUGAUCUUCCUGGCAAGAUACCACCCGAGGCUCCACCACCGCCUGUUCCCCCUCUGCCUGACUACCGCACAGAUCCGAUGGCCGACGACAGCAUGGAUACCUCAAGAGAAGCAUUAACAAGUGCACCAGUGAGCAUUCCACCUCAGCCAAAUGCGCGCAAGAUUUCCCGCGACACAAAUCUCAUCGACCUGAGCGGAGAGGAACUCCCACCGGUGCCAAUUGUGCAACGUCAUGAAUACGUCAACAUGGGCCAGGACACUGGACUGGGCAAAAAUGGCAUCUUGGACCCAUUUGAUAUGCCUCCCGUAGCACCACCGCAGAGUGGUGUAGCCCAGGAGGAGGCGUGGCACCGUGCGACUCUGGAGCGGGAAGUGUGGUUCCAUGGUGCCAUCAGCCGCAAGGAGGGCGAGUCACGCCUCGCCCAUGAUGGGGACUUUCUGGUGCGUGAAUCGCACAACUCCCCGGGGCAGUUUGUGCUGACAGGCAUGCAGAACGGUGCUCGCCGUCACUUGCUCCUCGUGGACCCAGCAGGCGUGGUGCGCACAAAGGACCGAACUUUCGACAGCGUCAGCCACCUCGUAAACUUUCACCGGGACAACGCUCUUCCCAUCAUCUCAGCGGAGAGCGCACUUGUCCUCAAAACUCCUGUGCCAAGGCCUCGCUGAUCAACCUCACUUCGACACCCAAAGAAAAACGAGACGCAAGGCUAACAAGAAGCGCCACAGAAGCAAAUCAGCAAUCGGUGCCUUUGUGGACUCCUCAGAGGACUCGUGUCGCAGCCUGUCGUGGAACUUUUUAUUGCUACAUUAUUUCCUUGUGCAACUUCCUCGGAAAUGAGACUUUGGAAGUGUGCCACAUUCUGGCGAAAAAGUGCGACCAUCCAGCGUCGGUGGAUUCGCAACGACCUUACUUUCGACGAGUCACGGGUAGCAACUGUGGUCCUCCGCCUGCUGCAGUCACUUGGACUUGUGCGACAAUCGGUGUAGGAACAGCACUGUAGGAGGAAUAGUCGGCUGCGAUCAGCAGCACUUUCACAAAAAAAGUCGCAGCAUGAAGCUGGGAACCCCCCUUCUUAAUGGCAAAGCCAGCCUUAAUGCGUUGCCCUUUUAAAAAAAAGUUUGGAGGGGGGGUGGCAUAUUCUCGAGUGCCUAAGCUGCUACGUUUCCUCUCUUGAAAACUGUCAGCCCAGUAUUGUGCAGUGGCAGUGACUGCCACCACCAUUUGCGGCAGUUUUGUGGAGAGGAAUGCUAUAAUAGAGAAGCACAUACAAGUUUUUUGUUAGGCCUUUGGCAAGACUUUUAGAGGCCCAGUUUGACGACAUUUAUAAAAGUAUUGCCAGCAUAACACCAUGUGGAUGUAUCACGCAGGCACAGCUGAGGCAUUGUUGAGAUAGCCAUUAUUUUGUUGUUUCAAUUUUUUAUGCAAAGUAUGCCUCGGAGAGUUGAA